UUAAGUCUGUUAUCAUAUGACCUGUCACAUGACAGUAUGCUUGUAGGCGUCUGCUACAAUUCUGGGGAUGAAAAUGAAGUGCAUGGUAGCAUUGUCUCUGUUCGUUGGAGUGGCAUCCACUUUUACCAUUCAUAAUGUCUUUGAAAGAUCAAAGGCUGAAAUUCCAAGACUUAAGGAUGCAGCCAGUCGUAUUAUCAAUUUGGCGUUAAAAGGACCAUCACAAAACCAGACCUACAACAGGUUGGCGAAUUUCACAGACAAAUUUGGGAGUCGUCUUACUGGAUCUCAGAACUUGGAAAAUGCUAUAGACUACAUGGUUGACGCACUUCAAAAGGAUGGUUUGAAAGCCUACACUGAGCCUGUAACAGUCCCCCAUUGGGUGAGAGGUAAUGAGUCAGCAGAGCUUAUAACUCCUCGCUGGCAUCCCAUGGCCAUGCUGGGUCUAGGCUAUAGUAUUGGAACUCCCCCUGAAGGCAUUACAGCUGAAGCUCUUGUGGUGCGUAGUUUUGACGAGUUACAUGAACGUGCAAGUGAAGCUAAAGGCAAGAUUGUUGUCUAUGAUGAAGAUUUUGUAAGCUAUGGAGUCACUGUGGAUUACAGAAGUCGGGGUGCAGUUGAAGGAGCUAAAGUUGGGGCUGUGGCAACACUGAUACGAAGCGUUACUGCUUUCUCCUUGUAUUCCCCACAUACUGGGAUGCAGGACUGAGAUGGAGUGCCCAAAAUUCCCACAGCCUGUAUAACUGUUGAAGAUGCUGAGAUGCUGAAGCGUAUGGCAGAUCGCGGUGAGAAAAUUGUAAUUAAGCUAGUGAUGGGGGCAGUGAACUAGCCUGUGCAGUCCCGCAACACUAUAGCCGAUCUUGUUGGUUGGAAAUAUCCUGAUCAGAUUGUAUUGGUCAGUGGUCAUCUUGACAGCUGGGAUGUGGGUCAAGGAGCAAUGGAUGAUGGAGGUGCUUUUAUUUCAUGGCAAGCCUUGUCACUAGUUCAUCAGCUGGGUCUUCAGCCAAAGCGAACUAUGCGUGCAGUCUUGUGGACUGGGGAAGAGUUUGGUCUGAUAGGUGGUCAGAGCUACUGGGAGAAGCACAAAGAUGACAUUAAAAACUAUGACCUUGUUAUGGAGUCAGAUGAUGGCACUUUUAUGCCCCGUGGAAUCCGGUUUACAGGUAAUGCAGAGGCCACCAAAAUUAUGCAGAACAUUGUGUCUACUCUGCUUUCAAGCAUCAAUGCUACUACAGUUGCAUCCCCUGCAGAGGUGUCAGAUAUUCCAUGGUGGAUUCAAAAUGGUGUGCCAGGAGGUAGUUUGCUGAAUGAUAAUGAAAUUUAUUCUUUCUUCCAUCAUUCAAAUGCUGACACAAUGACAGUUGAGAAUCCCCAUUGGCUUGAUCUGUGCUCUGCAGUCUGGGCUGUUACUGCGUUCGCUGUGGCAGAUCUGGAAGACAUGCUUCCUCGCUAAGAGAUUUCGCUAAGAAAUUUCUUGAAAUUAUUCACAUAAGCUUAGUGUUAGGUACAGCUGUACUUUGCUGAAUGCAGCAGCAUGAUUUUUGUUGUUAAGAUAUUUGAUACAAUGUAUUGUGUGCUUUCAUAACAUUCCUUCAUGAUGUACAUACUAAUGAUUGCUAAACUAAUGAUCUAUAAAUGAGUAGUAAUUAUGAAAAUGUUGGAGGAUUGUGGCGCUACACUUGUAUUCCUUUUCAUGGUCUAUCCUUUCUGCUUUUAAUACCUUCACCAUACCUUUGGGACAUGGAAAUUGUAACACUUUCUUAGCUUUUAUCUUGAAGCAUAACAAACCAUUUUCUAUGACU